CCUUAGACCUGCGCGGAGGCAGCUGCCUUUGUGCCGUGGGACGCUGAACCGUCGCCUCUCCCCGCAUCCCAACAGGCGUCCAGCCGUGGAGCUGUGCUCACCGGAGAGGGAAGAUAAUGGCGCUUUCCAAUUUGUCCAAUUACUUGGAUGAUGUUGAUAACUACAGUGACUACCCAGAUUACACCUAUGAGGAGAUUGGCAGCGUGUGGACAGACCCGUCCCAUGACCCGAAGGACAUUGCGAGGAUCCUCUCCGUCAUCAUCUACAGCGUAUCCUGCGUGUUGGGCGUCCUGGGGAAUGGCCUCGUCAUCGCAAUCAUAACUCUAAAGAUGAAGAAGUCGGUCAAUGCCAUCUGGUUCCUCAACCUGGCUGUCGCCGACUUCCUCUUCAACAUCUUCCUGCCCAUAAACAUUGCUUACACGGCCAUGCGGUACAACUGGAUCUUUGGGACAGUCAUGUGCAAGUUGAACUCCUUCCUCCUCAUCCUCAACAUGUACACCAGUGUCCUUCUGCUCACCACCAUCAGCUUCGAUCGCUACGUGUCAGUGGUUUUUCCCGUCUGGUCUCAAAACCAUCGAUCAACCAACCUAGCGUAUUUAGUUUGCUUGAUUAUCUGGACCGUCGGCAUCAUUAUGAGCUGCCCGUCUCUUGUCUUCCGAGACACGGCACAAGCCCGCAACUCCGUGAUUUGUUUUAGCAACUUUUCCCUCUCCAGGAAUAAGUCUUACCAAGCCCUGGCACUAAUGAGGCACCGAACAGUGAACAUCACCAGGUUCCUCGCUGGGUACAUCCUUCCCAUAACCAUCAUCACUUUCUGCUACAUCGCCAUCGUCUUCAACUUGCGUCGAAACCGCCUUGCCAAGUCCAAAAAGCCCUUCAAGAUCAUCGUCACCAUUAUAGUCACCUUCUUCCUUUGCUGGAGUCCCUACCACCUGCUGAACCUCCUGGAAACAGAGCCCGACAUGAUCCCACGCUCUGUGUUUGAGAUCAGCAUCCCCAUAACCACAGCACUCGCUGCCUCCAACAGCUGCAUGAACCCUGUCCUCUACGUCUUCAUGGGCCAGGACUUUAAGAAAUUUAAGGUCACCAUCCUCUCCAGGCUGGUGAACGCCCUCAGCGAGGAGACAGGCCACUCCAGCAUCGUUCACAGGAGCUUCUCCAAGAUGUCUUCAAUGACCGAGAAGGAGACGACAGUCCUCUAAACUCAACCUGGAUAUCUGCAGGAGGGCCAUAGUCCUCCGGUGUUGCCCAUGCCCACCACUAUGAUGGUGGCCACCCUUGCGGUGGCCCUUGGCGAGGGACGAGCAUGGUCCAACGCUGUCCUAUAGUGUAUUCUUUGACUUGUCUUGCUGCCUGGGGGCUGGCAGGCAUUGGAGACCACCGCUCUGUGCACGUGGAGAAGAUACAACUGCCCUUAAUCUUUCUUUGCGAUUGCAAUGAUUGCAGAAACUAUUUAAGAAAACACAGGGCAUUCCUGUCUAAUCUAUGCAUUGCCUGGCCUGGAAAGGGCGUUGCUGCCGUGCCAGAGACAUCGUUAUGGGGAGAUUGGGCGGAGGAUGUGUCUGGGAAGGCACCGCCACUGCCAGGCUCCCAAGAUGGGUGGCUCCCAAGAUCCGUGGCACCUGCCACGGAUGAUACCUGCUACGGCAAAACUGGUGACGCUCUUCCUAUGGCCUAUGUAUGCAUAUAGCAACUCAUGUUAAAGUCCUAAAGUAUAUUGGUACUAG